CCCCCGUCUCCCGACUCCGCCGGCGCGCAUCAGCUGAGCGCCGUGCAUGCGCAGUGCGGGCGGCUCGGCGGCUGACUGACUGACUGGCGGCGGUCGGGGCUGCUGCGUGGGCGCCGGGGAGUCGCCGGCCGUUCCCCGCCCUCGGUUCUUUAGAGCGCUGAAAAAUGUCGGGUUUUCUUGAGAGCGUGAGGUGCUCGGAGUGUGUUGACUGGGGAGAGAAGCGGAACACGAUCGCUUCGGUUGCUGCGGGCGUGCUGUUUUUUACAGGUUGGUGGAUAAUCAUAGAUGCAGCUGUAAAAUACCCUGAAGUGGAAGACUUCAACCAUUCGUACCAUGCUUGUGGGGUUAUAGCCACUAUUGCAUUCCUCAUGAUCAAUGCGGUGUCUAAUGGACAAGUGCGGGGUGACAGUUACAGUGAAGGCUGUCUCGGACAAACAGGUGCUCGGAUCUGGCUGUUCAUCGGUUUUAUGAUGGCUUUUGGAUCUCUGAUUGCUUCCAUGUGGAUCCUUUUUGGAGGCUACGUUGUUAAGGAAAAACCAGUAGUAUACCCAGGAAUAGCUGUGUUUUUCCAGAAUGCGUUCAUCUUUUUUGGAGGGCUGGUCUUCAAAUUUGGUCGCACGGAAGAUCUGUGGCAAUGAGCGCGCCCGUGGAAGCGCAUUGGCCGUGCUGGUUUUUUAACUGCACACUCCUGAAAUUUUGUAAACCAUUUUGUAAAGGGUGACCUUCAGUUGUGUCUAAAUAUAAAACAAGCAAAACUUAAAUCAUAGCACUAAAACUUCUGUUUCUGUUCUGUUACAUUUUUUUACUCUUCUAUGUUGAUUUAAGCGUUGUAAUGUUUUUGACAAAUAUAAAAUUGCUACAAGUAACAACGGAAGUCACUUUUAUGAUACGACAUUUGUUACAAGUAAAUAGUAUAGUGAAAAACGGAUGUAUUUAACUGGCUGUUUCUAUUAUAUUAUUUACAAUCCAAGACUUACUAAAAAUGCUUUAAAACAACUUUUUAACAUAUAUUUAUUAAAUAUUUCCUAUACCUGGACAAUAUAACCAUUUCUUUAAUUUCAAAA